AUGAUGUCGCAAGCUCUCCGGCGCAUCGCGCAGUCACGUCGGCCAUAUCAGAGAUCUCCAAUUGCUCAAACACGGUCACUUGCUACUGCUGUCGCAUACCCCUCGAACAUCCUCGGUGUCGAUUAUAACAAGCAAAUCACGGUUCUCGAUACCUUGAAGCGGCAAUCACAGCGCCCAUUGACUUUGACAGAGAAGUUACUUUAUAGUCAUUUGAUUGUUCGGGGCGAUGGCGAAUGGGACUUGGAAAGGAUCGAUCGCGGAAAGACUAUUCUCGAGCUGCGCCCCGAUCGCAUUGCUUGUCAUGAUGCCACAGCGACAAUGGCUCUGCUACAAUUCAUCAGCGCUGGGCUUCCGCGCGUCAGGACCCCGACGACGGUACACAGCGACCAUCUUAUCAUUUCUGAGAAGGGUGCAAAAGAGGAUAUGCAACGGGCUACCUUGGAACAUGCGGAGGUAUAUGACUUCUUGAGCAGCGCCUCGAAAAAGUAUGGAAUUGGUUUCUGGAAACCUGGUUCUGGCAUCAUCCAUACAGUGAUUUUUGAGAAUUACGGAAUGCCCGGCGGUUUGAUUAUUGGAACUGACUCACACACCCCAAAUGCUGGCGGACUGGGUAUGCUCGGUAUUGGAGUCGGAGGCGCUGACGCUGUUGAUGCCAUGUCUGGGAUGCCAUGGGAACUUGUCGCACCAAAGGUCAUCGGUGUGAAUUUGACUGGUCAACUGCAAGGCUGGGCAUCGACGAAGGAUAUUAUCUGCAAGCUUGCUGGUAUUUUGACAGUCUCGGGAGGAAAGGGCUCAGUCAUUGAGUUCUUCGGUCCAGGCACUCAAACCCUGGGAGCUACUGCCAUGGCGACCAUCUGCAACAUGUCAGCAGAGGUUGGAUCAACGUCUUGCAUCUUCCCUCACUCGCCCGCGAUGGAUCGCUACCUGGUUGCUACGAAGCGCGAACAUGUUGCAAGGGCGGCGAAUCAGGUUCGCGAUGUUCUGCUCACGGCAGAUGAAGGGUCUCAUCAGUACUAUGAUCGCAUUAUCGAUAUUGAUCUCUCUUCAUUGGAGCCACACAUCAACGGACCUUUCACACCUGAUCUGGCUCAUCCUGUCUCUGAGUUUAAAUCUGCUGUCGCUGAAAGGGAUUGGCCCCUUGACUUGAGUCAUGCCAUGGUCGGGAGCUGCACAAACAGUUCAUACGAGGACCUCGACAAGUGCCGACAGCUUGUACGUCAGGCCAAGGCAGCCGGAGUCCCCAAGUUCAAGGUUCCAUUCCUUUUGACACCAGGUAGUGAGCAAAUCCGAGCAACUACCGAAGCAGACGGCAUUCUGGACGAAUUGAGGGAUGCCGGUGCUGUCAUUCUUAGCAGCUCGUGUGGACCCUGCGUUGGCUCAUGGGACCGCAAAGAUGUUGAUGUGAAGGGCAAAGAGAAGAACUCUGUGAUCUCCAGUUUUAAUCGCAACUUCAUCGGUCGCCAUGAUAGCAACCCCGCGACUCAUUCGUUUGUGACUUCUCCUGAAAUUGUCACAGCUUUCGCCUACUCUGGUCGUCUUGAUUUCAACCCCAUUACCGAUAAGGUCUCUGGACCUGAAUCGCAGUUCAAACUAGAGCCACCAGUGGGCCAAGAGCUUCCUUUCAAUUUCGAACCCGGUCUUGAGACGUUCCAAGAGCCACCAUCAGAUGGUUCCUCCCUCUCGGUUAACAUUGACCCCAAGUCCGACCGUCUGCAGCUUUUGAAACCGUUCCUAAAAUGGCAGCCAGGCUGUGCCAAAGACAUGGAAAUACUUUUCAAGGUUUCUGGGAAGUGCACAACGGAUCAUAUCUCCCCAGCAGGGCCAUGGUAUAAAUAUCGUGGCCACCUCGAGAAUAUCAGUAACAAUAUGCUUACCACGGCCACCAACGCUUUCCUUCCGAACGACCCCCAGAUGCUUGGCCACACCAAGAGCCCCGUGACCGGAAAUCUGGGCGUGGUUCCAGACAUCGCGCGGGAACUUCAAGCACAGGGUAUUCGCUGGUGCAUUAUUGGAGACAACAACUACGGUGAAGGCAGUUCUCGUGAACACGCAGCGCUUGAGCCACGUUUCCUAGGUGGAACGGCAAUCGUUGCCCGCUCCUUUGCCAGAAUUCACGAGACCAACCUAAAGAAGCAGGGCAUGCUCCCGUUGACAUUCAACGACCCAGCUGAUUAUGAUCGUAUUUUAGAGGGUGAUCGCAUUUCCUUGCUCGGCGUUGAGGAGGGUGAACUUCAGCCCGGCAAGCCCGUUACAAUGAGCGUGAGAACCAGGAAUGGUUCGACCUGGGCAGCUCAGCUCAAUCAUAGUUUCCACCAGGGUCAACUUGCAUGGCUCCGGGCUGGCAGUGCUUUGAAUUAUAUCAAGGCGCGGUCCGCAAGCCCAUAG